UGGUAAGAGGCGGGCACAGGGUGCACAGGGAUGGGAGGAGGAGGGCGUUGCAUUGCGUUGUCCAUCUCCUGACAAGCCCAUCCCAGAAAAGCGUGUGAGUGUUAUGAUAUGGAAACAAUGUUUUAGUUAGACCCUUGACUAAAGACGGGCCUACCUGUUCAAGCUAGAGCUUUCUACGGCAAAGCAUGGGCUACAGGCUGUCAACUGAUCUAACUAGCUUGUUACACAGCGGAUCCCCUGCUAUAAGACUGCUGCAGAGCCGCUAGGAGGGGAGGGGUGCGCUGGCUCCUGCGGAGGUUCUGAUACGAACAGGUUAGAGAGCUGCUCGGCGAACAAUCUCAGCUUCAUAUUUGGUUUCCGUUUGUCUCAACAAAAUGAACGCUGCGGAAUGAUCCCGGGCCUUUCCAAACCUUGAGGAUUGUGAGUGAAGCCCACCUCAACCCAGGAAAGAGGAAACACCGCGUCUCGCCUGCACCUUUCCUCGGGACGGAAUGUCGAGAAGCUCCGAGGAAAGUCACGGUCGGGGCGGUGGCUCCGAUCGAGACUUGAAGAUGGCCUCUUCUAACAACACGACCCCCGAGGGAGGACCACCGCCACUGCAUCAGAACCGUAUACGACAGUCGGACAGCAACACCAGCUUUCUGCGUGCUGCCAGGGCAGGGAACCUCGACAAAGUCCUGGAGUUUCUGAAAGGGGGAGUGGACAUCAGCACCUGUAAUCAGAACGGUCUGAACGCGCUCCACCUGGCCGCCAAGGAGGGCCAUGAGGACCUGGUGGAGGAACUGUUGGAGAGAGGUGCGCAUGUCGACUCAGCUACCAAGAAAGGAAACACUGCCCUCCACAUCGCGUCAUUGGCUGGACAGAAGGAAGUUGCCAGAAUCUUAGUGAAGAGAGGCGGGGACGUCAACGCCCAAUCACAGAAUGGCUUCACUCCGCUGUACAUGGCGGCCCAGGAGAACCACCUGGAGGUGGUGCGCUACCUGCUGGAGAAUGAGGGUAACCAGAGCAUCGCCACAGAGGUAGGCGUGUGUGACGGCUUCACCCCGCUGGCCAUCGCCCUCCAGCAGGGCCACAACUCUGUGGUCUCCCUGCUGCUGGAGCACGACACCAAGGGCAAGGUGCGGCUGCCCGCCCUGCACAUCGCCGCCCGCAAGGACGACACCAAGUCAGCGGCCCUGCUGCUGCAGAACGACCACAACGCAGACGUCCAGUCCAAGAUGAUGGUCAAUAGAACCACUGAGAAUGGGAAGAGCGGCUUCACCCCGCUGCACAUUGCUGCCCACUAUGGAAACGUCAACGUCUCCACCCUGCUGCUGAACAGAGGAGCUGCGGUGGACUUCACAGCCAGGAACGGCAUCACUCCUCUUCACGUGGCCUCCAAGCGGGGGAACACCAACAUGGUGGCGCUGUUGCUGGACAGAGGAGCUCAGAUAGACGCUAAGACAAGGGAUGGUCUCACUCCACUACACUGUGCAGCGAGGAGUGGACAUGACCCUGCCGUGGAGAUUCUGCUGGAGAAGGGAGCACCCAUGUUAGCCCGGACAAAGAACGGCCUGUCCCCACUGCACAUGUCUGCCCAAGGAGACCAUGUGGAGUGUGUAAAGCACCUACUGCAGUACAAGGCACCUGUUGAUGAUGUCACACUGGACUACCUGACCGCGCUGCAUGUCGCCGCCCACUGCGGCCACUACAGAGUCACCAAGCUACUGCUGGACAAGAGGGCCAACCCCAACACCAGAGCUCUGAAUGGCUUCACUCCACUGCACAUCGCCUGCAAGAAGAACCGGGUGAAGGUCAUGGAGCUGCUGGUGAAGUACGGAGCCUCCAUCCAGGCCAUCACUGAGUCCGGUCUGACUCCCAUCCACGUGGCAGCCUUCAUGGGUCACCUCAACAUCGUGCUGCUGCUGCUGCAGAACGGGGCCUCGCCCGAUGUCCGCAACAUUCGUGGGGAGAGUGCCCUCCACAUGGCAGCUCGGGCAGGGCAGAUGGAGGUGGUCCGCUGCCUGCUGAGGAACGGGGCUCUUGUGGACGCCGUGGCUCGCGAGGACCAGACACCGCUGCACAUCGCGUCUCGCCUGGGGAAAACAGACAUCGUCCAGCUGCUUCUGCAGCACAUGGCCCAUCCGGACGCCGCCACCACCAACGGCUACACCCCCCUCCACAUCUCCGCUCGGGAGGGGCAGGUGGAGACGGCGGCUGUGCUGCUGGAGGCUGGAGCCUCACACUCACUGGCCACCAAGAAAGGAUUCACUCCUCUCCACGUGGCAGCUAAAUAUGGAAGCCUUGAUGUGGCAAAACUCCUGCUUCAACGGAGAGCUCUGCCUGACGAUGCAGGGAAGAACGGCCUGACCCCUCUGCAUGUAGCAGCUCACUACGACAACCAGCCGGUGGCGCUGCUGCUGCUGGAUAAAGGGGCGUCCCCUCACGCCACAGCCAAGAACGGCUACACCCCGCUGCACAUCGCAGCCAAGAAGAAACAGACGGCCAUAGCGCUGGCCCUGCUGCAGUACGGGGCCGAGACCAAGGUCUUGACCAAGCAGGGGGUCAGUCCUCUGCACCUGGCCGCCCAGGAGGGUCACGCAGACAUGGUGGGCCUGCUGCUCGGGAAGGGAGCGCACGUCAACGCACCCACUAAGAGUGGACUCACUCCUCUCCACCUCUCAGCCCAGGAGGACAGAGUGAGCGCAGCAGAAGUGCUCGCUAAGCACGAGGCCCACCUGGAUCAACAAACUAAGCUUGGAUAUACCCCUCUGAUAGUGGCCUGUCACUAUGGAAACACCAAGAUGGUCAACUUCCUUUUACAGCAAGGGGCAAGCGUCAAUAGCAAAACUAAGAACGGUUACACACCACUCCACCAGGCAGCUCAACAAGGGAACACACACAUCAUCAAUGUGUUACUACAGAAUGGGGCCAAACCCAACACCACCACUCUGAAUGGAAACACGGCUCUGUCCAUCGCUCAACGGCUGGGGUACAUCUCCGUCGUGGAUACCCUCAAGGUCAUCACCGAGGAGGUCAUCACCACGACAACCACGGUGACAGAGAAACACAAGCUUAAUGUUCCGGAAACCAUGACAGAGAUUCUAGAUGUGUCUGAUGAAGAAGGUGAGGACACGAUGACGGGUGAUGGCAGUGAGUACCUGAGAGCCGAGGACCUCAGGGAGCUGGGGGAUGACUCUCUGCCAGGACACUACUUAGACGGCUUCAGCUACAUGAGCCACAACCUGGACAGGCCCAACCAGAACCCAAACCAACAUUACCAAAGAGAGGGGCUUCUCAUAGAGGAUAUGCUCUCAAGCCACCAGGUGGCAUCUUUGUCAAGAGAGAAUGAUAAGGACUCUUUCCGCCUGAGCUGGGGAACUGAGCACCUUGAUAACGUGGUGCUAUCAUCCAGCCUGCUGCAUUCUGGCCGCUCUUCCCCGUGCCUAGACCAUGACAACAGCAGCUUCCUGGUCAGUUUCAUGGUGGACGCAAGGGGAGGGGCCAUGCGCGGUUGCCGUCACAACGGCCUGCGCAUCAUAGUGCCUCCCAGAAAGUGUUCUGCGCCGACGCGGGUGACCUGCAGGCUGGUGAAGAGACACCGUCUGGCCUCCAUGCCCCCCAUGGUGGAGGGGGAGGGGUUGGCCGGGCGCAUCAUAGAAGUGGGCCCGACCGGGGCCCAGUUCCUGGGUAAGCUCCACCUCCCCACGGCUCCGCCCCCUCUUAACGAGGGCGAGAGCCUGGUCAGUCGCAUCCUGCAGCUGGGUCCUCCAGGGACCAAGUUUCUCGGGCCUGUUAUCGUGGAGAUCCCCCACUUUGCUGCCCUGCGUGGGACGGAGAGGGAGCUAGUGAUUCUGAGGAGCGAGACGGGGGAGAACUGGAGAGAGCACCACUGUGAUUACACCGAGGAAGAGCUCAACCAGAUCCUGAACGGCAUGGACGAGGAGCUGGACUCACCAGAGGAACUGGAGAAGAAGAGAAUAUGCCGCAUCAUUACCAGGGACUUCCCCCAGUACUUUGCAGUGGUGUCGCGGAUCAAACAGGACAGUCAUCUGAUUGGCCCCGAGGGCGGGGUGUUGAGCAGUACUCUGGUGCCCCAGGUCCAGGCUGUGUUUCCAGAGGGAGCCCUCACCAAGAAGAUAAGAGUUGGACUACAGGCCCAGCCAAUUGGUCUGGAGUUAGUGAGGAAGAUCCUGGGCAACAAGGCCACGUUCAGCCCUAUCGUCACGCUGGAACCCCGGAGGAGGAAGUUCCACAAACCAAUCACCAUGACGAUCCCUGUUCCCAAAAGCUCAAACAACGAUGGGACUACCACUGGGGAAACGCCCACCCUGCGUUUGCUGUGCAGUAUUACCGGUGGAACCACACCUGCCCAGUGGGAAGACAUCACCGGCUCCACUCCACUCACAUUUGUAAACCAAUGUGUGUCCUUCACCACAAAUGUCUCUGCCAGGUUCUGGCUGAUAGACUGCCGGCAGGUGCAGGAGUCGGUGAAUUUCUGUUCCCAGCUGUACAGGGAGAUUAUCUGUGUUCCUUACAUGGCCAAGUUCGUCAUCUUCGCCAAGACGCUGGAUCCCAUCGAGGCGCGGCUCCGCUGCUUCUGCAUGACGGAUGACAAGAUGGACAAGACCCUGGAGCAGCAGGAGAACUUCACAGAGGUGGCCCGCAGCCGAGACGUGGAGGUUCUGGAGGGAAAACCUAUAUUUGCUGACUGUUUUGGAAACCUGGUUCCUCUUACGAAGAGUGGACAGCACCAUUCAUUCAGCUUUUUUGCCUUCAAGGAAAACCGGCUUGCCUUGUUUAUUAAAAUUCGGGACACAGCCCAGGAGCCUUGCGGCCGUUUGUCCUUCACCAAGGACCCACGCACGUAUCGCACACUGAACCAUAACGCAAUCUGUAAUCUCAACAUCACACUCCCAACAUACUGCAAGGAGUCGGAUUCUGAUCAAGAUGCUGAUGAUGAGAGUGAGAAGAGUGACAAGAAAUAUGAUGAAACUGAAUCCACUGAGACAUUCUCCUUUCAAACAAAUCACCCUGUUGACCCAGCUACACUCGCAAGCCCCGAUCUCCUUUCAGACGUGUUUGAGAUAAAACAUGAUCUCAUUAAGAUGUCAUCUAUAUUGACAACACAAGAAAUUGACCAUCAGACCUCAACCAAUAGAGACAGAAUAGCGGCAAACAGUCUUGAGAAGAUAGUGGUGGGAGAACAUUUCAAGAAAAGUGAACAAUAUAAUGAGAAACAGGACAGGAGCAAGGUUGUUCAACAUUCUGUAGAAGGUGUGGAGUGGGUGGUAAUCUCAGACUCAAGGGUGGAUGCAUUCAUUGAGACAAAACCCUUAUCUAAAAGUGUUACAGAAGUCAUGGACAUGUCAGGCACUACUUCAUUCCCGAGCAGCGAAAUUGACCAGGGCCGUGAAAAGCUACCUAUUGACAUUAUGUCCUCUAAAGAUGACCUCAUUCAGGACAGGGUUGAACAAAUGGGGCUGAAGUCUGAUGGCAAGAGGCGCCCUCCAGAUAUCAAAAAACCUAUCCGUAGGAAACUUAAAGAAAGGGAUCAAUCGGGAUGCAGCAGUUCUGAGGGUGAGAUGGAAAGAAUGGGCUCUGAGGAGUCUCUGGAUGGGGAUAUAAUACUGGUCGAGACUGGCCUGGCACGAAGCGUAUCCAUGGAGCCUCCGACAUCUCCUUUCAUUGUUGAAACACCAAUAGGAUCAAUCAAAGAAAGGGUUAAAGCCUUACAGAAAAUGGUGCACGAAGAGGAAGAAUUAAAAAGUACACAACCAUCAGUCCCACAUGGAAAACCAAUGAUUUCCACAGAGAGGAUGGAGUCAGACAUGCCAGAACUUCCUAAAAUCCCAAAAUCGCCCAAAUCCCCCAGGUCGCAGACAGAAAGAUUAGAGGAGACUAUGUCUGUUAGAGAAUUGAUGAAAGCAUUCCAGACUGGACAGGAUCCUUCAAAGAACAAAACCGGCCUUUUUGAACACAAAGCCAUAGCUGUUACAACUAGCUCAACUUUGAAUGUCUCAAGAGAGGACUCUGAGGAAUCACAAGAUACGUCAAGCUUUUCUCAUGUGGAGGCAGACACAAAUGUGGAUGCACAUCAAGCGCAGUACAAUAAUGGAUUUGUUAGUCUAAGCAGUGACCAUAAGCCAUGUGAAGACAUGCAGAUAAGCCCUGAUCGCAGACCCUCAGAAGAUUUCAGUGCAGACAUAAAGGCUGAGCUGGAGGAAAGUCCAGAGUAUCAAUUGUUCAAGCAGACAACAAGAGUGAUGGAUGGUAAAGAUCAGCUUGAUACACCUGACGUCGGAGUUGAAUCGAAUGCAUUCCAGGAAACUGCACAGAGCACGGAUAACCAUGUAAGUGAUGAGAGUACCAAACAUCAAGGGCCAUCAGACAUUAAUGAAAAGAAAGCCUACUAUUCAGAGAAAAUUGAGGAUGACGAUAUGGAGAAGGAAAAGUCAACAAAAUACUCUGUAAUAGAUACAGUGGAGCCACAUCUCCAACAAGUUCAUGUAGAAAGGAAAGUAUCAUACAAGACAGCCACAGCCGCGAAGGAUAUGUCGGGUCUGUUGUCUGUUCUGAACAGUGAUCUGGACCAUUACCUAGAGGAAAGACCUGCAGACUACGUGUCAGAAGGGGCAAAAGAAAAAGCAGAACAAACAGGGAGCAGUCCCAAAGAUACCACGUCAGUGUCUAUGAAUUUGGUAGAGGAACCACAAUUCAAAGAGACUCGUAUUGAAAGAACCAUUUUUAAUAAACCAUCUACACAAGUGAAAGAUAUGACUGGAAUGUUGACCCUUCUAAACUCUGACUUGGAGCAAUUUCUAGCAGGCAGGCCAGUAAGUGCUCAUCAGCCAGAGCAGGAUGUUAUCCAGGAGACAUUUGAUCAGGUUAUUCUUAUCAAAAAGAAUUAUCGGGGAGACACCCUAAAAUUAUCGUGGGAGGAACAAGAUGCAACAGAUACAAAGACAGGCCUAAUACAUAACGUUGAUUUAGAGGAUAGAACUACUUCAGCAGCAGAAAUAACAGAAAUAGAACAGAGCGGUGACUUAGCGGAGAGUCAUGGAAACAGGGUUGUUGACGAUGUAGGGGUCGAAGUGUUUAGGUCAGCUUCAGUGGAGCAGAUAGCUUUCCAGGAGGUACGCAUUGAGAAAAACAUCUCCCCUCGCCAAUCUCCAACAGAGAAGGACAUGUCAGGCAUGCUGUCAUUGCUCAGUGAGGACUUGGACCAACAUGCAAAUGAGACACCAGUGGUUGGUAGGCAGCCAGAACUGGAUGGUACCCAGGACAUAUUUGAACAGGUUAUUGUUGUCCUAAAGAAUCGUCGGGGAGAUAACCUUGAAUAUUCAUGUGAGGAUAAAGAUACAACACAGGAAAAAGCAGUAGUAGAUGGUGUUGAUUUAGAGGACAAGACUACUUCAGCAACAGUUCAAAUAACAGAAAUUGUAGAGAGUACUGAAAAGGGUCGUGGAAAUAAACCUGAUGAUGUAGAAGUCGAAGCGUCAGCUUCAGUAGAGGAAAUAGCAUUCCAGGAGGUACGCAUUGAGAAAAACAUCUCCAAUCUCCAAUCUCCUAAACAGAAGGAUAUGUCAGGCAUACUGUCAUUGCUCAUUGAGGACCUCAACCAACAUGUACAUGAGACACCAUUGGUUGUGAGUCAGCCAGAAGAGGAAAGUACCCAGGAGAUACUUGAACAAGUCAUCCUCCCUCAAAAGAAUCGUCAUAGAGGCAACCUAAAAUUGUCUUUUGAGAAUAAUGAUGCAACAGAGGAAAAUACAGGCCUUGUACAUAGAGUUGAUUUAGAGGAUAUAACUACUUCAAUCGCAGAAAUAACACAGAAAGUAGUGAGUAAUGUCCUAGAGGAGGGUCAUGAAAACAUGGUUUAUGAUGAUGUAGGGGUCAAAGUGUUUGUGUCAGCUUCUGUGGAGCAAAUGGCAUUCAAGGAAGUAAGCAUUGAGAAAAACAUCUCCCAUCGCCAAUCUCCAACAGAGAAGGACAUGUCAGGCAUGCUGUCAUUGCUCAGUGAGGACUUGGACCAACAUGCAAAUGAGACACCAGUGGUUGGUAGCCAGUCAGAAGAGGAUAGUAUCCAGGACACAUUUGAACAGGUUAUUGUUGUCUUAAAGAAUCGUGGGGGAGAUAAGCUUGAAUAUUCAUGUGAGGAUAAGGAUACAACACAGGAAAAAGCAAUAGUAGAUGGUGUUGGUUUAGAGGAUAAGACUUCUUCAGCAUCAGUUGAAAUAACAGAAAUUGAAGAGAGUGGUGAAAAGGGUCGUGGAAAUACACUUGAUGAUGUCGAGGUCAAAGCGUUUUCAUCGGCCUCUGUGGAGGAAAUAGCAUUCCAGGAGGUACGCAUUCAGAAAAACAUCUCCCAUUGCCAAUCUCCAACAGAUAAGGACAUGUCAGGCAUGCUGUCAUUUCUCAGUGAGGACUUGGACCAACAGAUAUAUGAGCGACCAGUGGUUGAGAGGCACCCAGAAGAGGAUAGUACCAAGGAGAUAAUUGAACAAGUCAUCCUCCCUCAAAAGAAUUAUGGUAGAGACACUCUUCAAUUAUCUUGUCAGGAUGAGAAUGCAACCGGUGAAAAGAUAGAAGUUGUAGACAGUGUUGAUUUAGGAGAUGUAACUACUUCAGCAACAGUUGAAAUGACACAAAUAGAAGUAAGUGAAGAGUGUCAUGAAAUAUCCACUGAUGAUGUAGAGGUCAAAGCAUUGCUGUCGGCUUCAGAAGAGGAAAUAGCAUUCCAGGAAGUACGCAUUGAGAAAAAUUUCUCCCAUGGCAAAUCUCCAACAGAAAACGAUAUGUCAGGCAUGCUGUCAUUACACAGUGAGGACUUGGAUAAAGAGAUCAAGGAGGCCCCAGUAAUCAAGAUGCUACCAUCAGAGGAGCUCAUCAAAGAAACAUUUGAAGAAAUAAUCCUAGUCCAAAAGGUCCAUCAUCGGGACAUUAAAUCAUCUGGGGAAGGUGAUGAUUGCUCAAUAACAAAUGAGAAAAUACAAUUAGAAGAUAGACUUGAACAAGAAGAUGAUGCAGUUUCCAAAGAAGACACACAAGGGGAUUACAGUGACGCAGAGCCUUCUCCUUACCAUCCUGUAACAGAUUAUUACCAAGAAAAUGACCCUGAGCACAAAUCCUCAAUAGAAAAUACUAUUAUGUCAGAAGACAAGAAAAAACUGAAAGAUGAAUAUUCUUCAUCAGAGGUAAAUCUUGAAACUACAGCCAUCACAAUGCUACAUUCCAGGGACUUAUGUGAAGUCAUCAGUGGGCAACAAUCAUGCUUGACAAUAGUUGAUAGUGAGGAAGGCCGGGAAGACCCUCAGGAGAUACCAUGCCAUUUGGAAAUGCCACCAAGACCUGUAGACCUGCACACUCUAGUCCUGGGUGGCUCAGACAGACGUCCUUCAAACAGAGACUCACUAGAGUCAAGUCCUGUCAUGGAGGACAAGUCAUCAACAAACUCGCCCGAUUCAAUAGAGGCGAGCCCCUCGAGAGAAUCUCCUUGCCCAGACUCUCUAGAAGGUAGUCCAACUCACCAAAACGACACACAGACAAUUUCCGGUAACACAGUGGUCUAUGAAGACUAUUCCUCCCAACUCAAAGCCUGCUUUGGUUAUGAAAAAUCUAUUGACAAAGACGAUAACUGGCAGGAAAAUAAACCAAUAACCCAACAACUGGAAUCCAAAAUACAUUCGUUGCCGCUAAAGACACUUGAUGAAGACAGGACAAGCUCUGAUGGCAAAGUCUUGGAACAUCUUUCAAAAGACAUGGAUGAAAACUCCCCUGUUGAAGCUAAUGAAGAAGAGGAUAAUGUCACCAGUAGACAAUUUACCCCAGAAGAGGAAAUGUUUAAGAUGGCAUCAAAGAUUAAAACCUUUGAGGAAAUGGAACUGGAGACCACAAUCACAGUUGGUGAUAAAUCUGCAGAAUCUUGCACCUUAUUGGAAACUGAAUGUGAAAAUGUGGUGGAAAAUAGAGCUUUGCAAAAAGAAUUUGAAGAGAAACAAGAGCAAGUCCCUGAAGAAUGUACUACAGAGAGCACACCUGAGGUAGAUGAGCAUAGUGUUGAUCAUGAUGCAGAGGUUUCCUCAGUAGAUGGUUUAAGUUCUACUUGUGUAGCUCGUAAUUUAGAAGAGGAAGAGAAGGUACGUACAAAUAAUAUUGAGCUAGUAGCUAAGAAGUCAUUUUUGGAAAACCAAUCUGACCAGGGGUAUGAUCAACGUAAUAUUGUGCCUUGGAGUCAAAGCCAAGGAAGGAAAGAAGAUGAAGUACAAUAUGAUGGUGCAGCCAUUAAUUCACGAGUUGAAGCAGAGGGCAAUCAUAUUUUAAGCCCUGCAGAAGAGAGAAAAAACCCUGACUCACCUGGUUGUACACCACAUGAAGAUGGAGCCCCUAACCCCUUUCAAUUUCAGGAAGGUAAACUCUUUGAGAUGACACGGGGGGGUGCUGUAGACAUGACAAGUAGAAGCUGUGAAGGAGAGGAAUAUUCCUUCUUUCACAUAGAACAUCCUGUUGAUGGGGUUUUUUCAGUAAUGGCAGAAGAUUACUACACUUUCUCUGAAGAAGCACCUGAGUCACAGAGUGCUACUGAUAAUGUCCCUAUUCCAAAAUGUAGGACAUCCAUUACAAACAUGGUAGACAUUUCAGAGAGUAAACAUCUACCUUUAGAAACCAUUAAUGCAUCCAUAGAUGUUGAAUUGGGAUCUCAACCUGCUCUGGAAAGUCUAACCGCAGUCCAAAGUGAAGAUGCAAACCCAAAAUCCUCUCUAGACUACCUGGACUCUACUAUAGCGGAUCUGCGAUCGGCCACCUCCACAGUCACCCGCUCAGUAUACUCAGAGCAAAGCCCUGAUACCUCAGAUUCCUCUGCUGAGGAUGAGGAUGAGGAUGAGGAUGAGGAACCGAGCUCUGUCAUCGAGAUGCCAUCUACAACCAAUACUAAAGCAGAAUCGGACAUCCCAGCUAAUGAACUAAAUAAGGAAGACAGCAAAUCCAAAAUGCCUGUAAAAGUGCCACUGAUGUCGUCUAAGGACUAUGGUCAAAGAUGCAACGUUGAGAAACUGGCCAAUGACAAAUGCAGAACUAGGUCUGAGGCUGACAAUGGUACAAAUAAAGAUUACAAAAAAGUAGAAAGAUGUAAUUCAGAUAAUAAUUAUGAAGUGUCCAUUCUAUCUAUUAAAGCUAAGCAUGAACCAGAAGAGCACUCCUUUGACCAAUCUUUUGAAGACAACAAAGUGCAAAUGCUUUCGGCUGGAAUGGCCUCUGUUAGUUCUUCAGUGGAUAUCGAGGAUAUGAACAGUGUGGAUAACAAAAGUCCAGAUUCAGUCAUCUUCAGAUAUGAUAGCCCUUCCUUGCAGAGCUCAAAUCCCGGUGCCAAACCUUUACCCAGUGUACCUUCUGCAACAGAGGAUGUUUUUGAAUCCAGGCCCGUGUGGGAUGAUACAGUGGAAACUCAAAUGCAGAGAAUCGGCGAUGAUGAAUCUCCAGAGUAUAAGCAAGUGGAUUGGCAGGAUGAUGUUGACAGGAAAGAGGAGACCCUAGCAAUCAUUGCAGAUCUUCUUGGGUUCAGCUGGACUGAACUGGCAAGGGAGCUGGAAUUCAAUGAGGAAGAGAUCCAGUUGGUAAGGACCGAGAAUCCUAACUCUCUCCAGGAGCAAAGCCAUGCUCUACUGCAGCGCUGGACCCAACGAGAGGGCAAACAUGCCACAGAGGACUGCCUGAUUAAGAGGCUGACAAAAAUCAAUCGUAUGGACAUUGUCCACCUGAUUGAAACCCAGAAGAAUAAAUCAAUUCAAGAGCAAACUUCAAGAACAUAUGCAGAGAUAGAAAGGACACUGGAUCACAGUGAAGUGUCCGUAGCCCUAUCCUUAGUACAAGAGGAUGUAGACAGCCCCAGAAUAGUACGGAGGACGGAUUCAGACCACAAACCACCUCCCGCUGUCUCUGAAGAAGACCUAUCUGUAGCAUCACUACUCGACAUCCCUUCCUGGGCGGAGCCUAUUGCUCACACACACUCAGAAAGCAUGCAUUGUGAUCUAUUGGAGGACCUUGAGAUUCCCCAUGAAGUGAACCCCAACCUGUGGACAGAGGAUCUAUUGAAAAGGGAAUCGGCAAAUAAUGACGACGAAGAGCAAGUUCCCAUAGGGUCAUCAUUAAUGAGAGAUCAGUCACAAUCAUCAGAACAUUUCAAAUUUUUAGAGGAGAGUCAAAUCUCGGCCAUUGAGAUGCCAUCAUUGACACAUGAGAUACUCAAAUCCCUUUUCACUGAGAGUCAAUCUGCUGACCCAGAGGUACACGAUUCUAAUACAACAAGUACAAUUGAACCUGCUGUGGAGUUAGCAAGGGAUUCCAACUCGCCUCAGGAGCAGGAACAGAGCUACGAAUUCGACACAAGUGAGGAAACCCCAGUUGUCCCAGACCUUCUCAGCCAUAUUCCUGAACAGAGUGCUGGUGAACACAAUGAGGAUGAUAAAUCAGUCAUGUCAGCAGAACAAACUACAACAGCAAAGUCCAGCUCACCUCAACUUGACCAGCUGCUGUCCGACUUAGAAUAUAAACUGAAAUUAAGACCUGAGAAUCUUGACGCUGAAAAAUCGAUAUCCAGCGAUGAAAGUCCUGAAGCUGACCAACCAUAUGUGGAGUUUGAUGACCUUUCACCAGGAGAUGAAUUCCCUGAAGAAAAACGCAGAAACAAUGAAGACACCAUGUUAUCUGACUUAGACCAGGAGGAAGAUCCAGAUCAAUCAGCUCCACAAAAUGCCGUACAUGAUGGUUUUCCAAGUGAGGCUGGAAGGGAAGUCUCUAGAAUCACCCCUGAUCUAAUUAUAAUCUCCUCAGAAACAAAUGGAGUGACAGCGGAAGAGGUUCAUUAUCCUAACUUGGAGCAAAGGGAUUCUAUUAAAACUGACGAGGUUUACGCAUCGUCCCCUAUAGACAGCCAAUCAGAAGGGGUGUUUCCAUCAACACUGUGUGAUGAUAGUGCUGCCGGGCUUGUACCCUUAGUUGCGUCUCUAGAUGGUGCAGGAAUGUCUGAGGAAUGUGCAACUGAUCUGCCUGCUAUUAAUGAAGAAGAUGAAGAAGUAAUAUCUGAGAUUGAUAGGGAAAUAGAAGCAUUGUGUGAACCCUCUCUGCCACAGAAUCAUUGUUAUGUUAGUGCUGAAGAAUCACAGUGUACACGCGAUCAAGUACCACACAUGUCGGACAUUACUUCCCCAGUCAUUACAGAAACUGGGGAUCUCUCCUCUCAGUCUCCCACUGCUUUGACCUUACAAACACCUGAACCUGGAAAAGCUAACAGAUACUUUCACUUUGAGCAACUAAAUCCGUACCCCUGCUCAGGUACACCACUUUCCUUAAUCGAGGAAAACAUACAUCUUUCUUCAUUUAAAUCUCCCACUGAUAUUGGAGCAGAGACAGCCUCAGCUCCCAGUGACAACGUCAGCUUGCCAUCUAUGCAUGAAGAGAUGAACAACGCCGAACCUCCAACCUACGCAGACGUUGUGCAUGGUGUCCUCCAUACCACGAAAUACGAGAGCUCGGAUCCAGAGGCUUUCUUUGACUGUCAACAGGCCUCCCCUGAAUCAUCAGAGACUGAGGCUGGUGAUGCUAAGAGAGAGAGUAGGUCACAGAGAAGACAGCCCGAUGAUCGUUUUAAUUUGCAAAGAAGGGAAAAACCAAAUGUUAAAUUUAACGACUCUGCGAUUCAAAUCCAUGAGCCAAGAGUCCUGUGGUCUUCUGGGAGUGAAAGUUAUGAAGAUGCAUCGUAUGUGAACGAGUCUUCUGAGGACAUUUAUGUAGAGAGUGAAGAAAUGGUCCACUCUCACAAUUCAAACAAUGAGGAUUCUGCAUUCUAUGAAGCUUCAAAAAAACAUGCUGCUAGGGGAGGGCCAGAGCCUGUUGAAGAAGAUACAUCUCUGGCAAGGGAGAUCGCUGAUGAACUUGGAACAAUAUCAGAAACUUCUGAUGACGAAUAUUUGACCACAAGAAUAGUGCGAAGAAUUGUUAUGAAGGCUGAUGAAAUGCCCGAUCUCCCCCAAUCUGUAACAGAAGAGAAGUACACAGAUGAAAACGGACAUGUUGUGAUCAAAAGGGUGACACGCAAGGUCAUCCGUAAGUGUGUUUCUGCUGAUGGCAUGGAGUGUGAGGAGCUAUCGGCGGUGGGAGCACCCCAGGGCUCCCGCGGUAUGGUGCUUGGAGACGGCUCCUCCAAGGGGCUGAGGAGAACCAUUAUCAAGAGCGAAGGAGACCAAACCGAGGUGACCUUCUCUGAGCUGGAGGCUGCGGUGGCUGGGGAUUGUCAUGUCAGGACUGGGAGGACCACAGUUGUCGAGGGCCAGCGGACAGUGGAGCUUGCCUCCACUCAGGACGACUGCAAACAGACCCUGGGAUACAUACAGGGUUUAAAAAGAGUUGAGAUUCCUGAUGUGAUAGAAAGAGCGAUUGUCAGAGAUGAUGGGACGAUGGUCCAGAGGGUUCGAGUCCAUAGAGCUCGCACCCAGAGGAGGACGGUGGUGAGGGGAGCCAGCCUUGGGAACAGAGUCUUCCCGGAGCGGGAGGAUGACUCCAGCAGAAGACCCCAACCCCGCAGCCUCAAGCUGCAGCUCCCUCAGCCCAACCACCGCCUCCACAAAGAAGGGGUCGAAGACGGCAACGAAUCGGACGACGAAGCGGAGGACGACAGAGAGGAUGAAGAAGAGAAAAGGAAGAUAUAAAACCCCUCCCCCCUUUUUUUCUCACCAAUCCUAUGCAUGGGCCUCAUGCGUUGCCACCUACCAGUCUUCCUCCAUGAUGUUUCCUUCACCAGUCAGGAUGUUUUCCCUUCCCUUGCCUCGUUGUGUAACUCGACAUGGUUGCUCUUCUCUAUCAAACUAAAUUGUAUUUUUUUGCUAUUAUUUUAUUUUUGUGGCAAAAGAAUGUGCCUGAUUUGUUUUUGAUGUCAUGAUCAUUUGUCCUGGAUGUAAUUUUUUUUUUUUCUGUGGUAGAAUAAUGCAAAACAAAGCAAAAAUAGAUUAGAUAUUUACAACAGCUAUCUCACAAAGCUCUGACAGAGAAAUACCAGAGAAAACGAAACACUGGUUCGUAUGUGCUUGGACUUGGACACUAUACCACUGCACUGCCUCUCACCAAACCACACAUUUAUUAUAAUUUAUCACUUGGAUCUAUAUUCAAAUCACUGUAUACCUAAAAGUAUCUCCACGUUUGUCUAGGGGUCAAGAUGUCACCAAAAACAAAUACAUAUAACUUUAUUAACAUUGAAAUUCGUAUGUACUGCUGCCGUGUUUUGUGUAUGCUAUGUGAUAUUUGUCUCUGAAAGGUAUAUAUAUAUAUUCUAGAAAUUACGAACAACUGUAGCCUAUGGAAUAUUAAUCACCCAUGUAAAGUAGAGCAGGCAUGACUAAUCAAAAUCUGACACUAUGCUAACUAGCUAUAGGCUGCUUCCUGAAUCUAGUUGUUUUUUUUGCCUCAAUUGCUUUUUAAGGUGUCUCUGUAUCUCAUACCUCUUUUUUCUUUGUGUCUCAUUGUCAAUGUCGUUUUUUUGUCUGUUUUGUGCAGUUUUUACUUCAUAAUAUGAGCAGUGUGUAUGCUUCUGGGUGAGCUUUUGUGCGCUUAAAUGUGUUUGUGCGCGUACAAGUUGUGAUUGAGUCGGAUACGGUUGAUCGACAGCUGCGUCGAAGAGAAUAUUUUUUGAAAGAUUGUAAGCAGCUCUUCUGGAGAUGUCCUAUUUUAGCAUUCUUUUUUAAGUGUGUGUGUGUGAAAGGGGAUUCAUUUAAAUCUUUAUUUUAUGGAUAUAUAUUGUUUCCUUUAAAUAGGUAUUACUUAAAAUUAUUGUUUGGUAGAGUUUAAUUGUAGGUUGUUAGUGUAUAUUAUUAUUUUUAGGUAAAGAUACUUUGGUUCAAAUGGUCAGUAGACAUGUCGUCAGUUAUUUUUUUAGUGGUCCUUUUGCCCAGAUUGUGUGGUACCAGGUUUUUGUGUUUUGUAUUCGCUUGCUUGUGAGGGGAUCGGUUUUUAUUUAUUUAUCUUUUUCCAGCCAAAAAAUAGAAGAAAUGCUAAUAAGACACCACUAUAUUGCACUCCUGAAUGUCUGACAGGUAUAAGCGUUCAUGCCCAUUGAACAGAAGAAAGAGUUUCAAUGUUAAGCUUAUAAAAGGCCGGACACGGCAUGAGGGCACACCAACAUGUGGGUGUGAUGGGGCUGGUUGAACCCUUAUCUCUUGUAUCAUUCACAGCUUGGAGCCUCGCUACUGAACCUAUAGUCAACCUGUGAUGUACUUUCUCUGUUUUCCUUUGAUUGCGAUUUAGAAUAGUAGAUGCAAAAUGCUGACCUAGUAGGCAUUCACUGUGACAUUUUUUUUUUGAGGAAACAGAAUUAAGUUUCUGUGGUGAUGAUAGUUCUAUACAUAUAUUAUGGGACACAUAUAUUAUAUAUAUAUAUAUACAUAUAUAUAUAUAAUGUAUUAUGGGGGCAUGUGUUACUUUAUCAAACUUGUAAAAGACCAAUGUAAACUGGCUGCAGUGUGUCUAUGGCUAAUCAUGGCUGAGAAUAAAGUGUACAACAAGAA